AUGUCCCCAGUUCAGUCCUGUUCAGAACUGCAGGCAGGUCCACAUCCAUGCGACUCUCCAAAUCAGAUAGCAACAACUCCUAUUGAGAUUGUCCAGCAGUCUUCAGGAUCUUCUAAAACAGCGCCUACUAUUCCUAUUACUGAUGUGUCGAUUCAAGCUUCUAAUGCGCAGAACUUGGUACAGGCUCCGGUUAUUUCUCAUGAUACUACUCCUAUGAAUAAUGGUUCACAUAUUUCUCCUAUUAAUAGUGAUUAUAGUUUGGGUUCAGAUUGUUGUGUUAGUGAAAAUUUGGUGACUGCGGAAAUAAAAAAGGCGAUGGCAACGGGUCAAAAAGUUGGUUUUAAGAUGGAUGGAUGUUUGGAACAAGUUACGCGAAUGGUGAAUCGGGAGGGAAUUAUAAAACAGUAA